UACAGGUAAGCCUCAUCCAGUCCAACUUCUCCUGCCGUACAGCUCUCCACCACUCAGCAGCCAUGAAAUUCUCCCUCAUUGCAACCAUUGUUCUGCUUGCUCUGGCACAAGGAAGCUUUGCACAAGAUGCUGUCGAUCUUGAUAGGCUCGGUCAGUACUUUGAGGAAAUUAAGACCAAGUUGGUUCACGACGUGACUGAGAUCAUCAGCAACCAUGAAAUGUCAAACCAGGCUCAGACCUUCAUGGAGGACAGCAAAACCCAGCUGGAGCCUCUGGUCGCUCAGAUUCAGGAGCAGCUGAGGUCUGUUGCCACCAACGUGGAGGAGCAGAUCAAGCCCCUUGCUGCCAACGUGCAGGCUCAGCUCAAGCCCCAGAUCGAUAUCUUCCAGAAGCAGAUGGAGGUCAUCUUCCAGAAGCUGAGAGAGCAGACCAUGGCUCUUGGCAACUAAACAAACUGACCUUACAAAAGAUGCAAAUGUGCCACCACACCACCCUCUUGCAUCUAAUGGCUGGCCUGAAAGUGCAGAUAGAAGUACAGCAGCGCUAAGAUGUGUUUCAGUUUUUGCUGACAUUAUCAUCUCUGUCCCAAAGCACAAUAAAACUUGAAACACAA